UGACCCUGUGUGGGGUGCAUUCAGUCGCCAGUCUAAUUUCCCUGCUGUUGCUAGCUGCCCACAAGCUGCUGACAAAAGACAUGCAGCCAACGACAAUCUUCGGCCUCUUGGCUUUUUUGGCUUCCUUUUGCGUGUUUGCCACGUCGAAGCCAACGAGCACAGGCCAUUAUCAUCACGGCACCGACAUUGUUACCGAAAUUCUGCAAGCCAUCGACAGGCGAGAAGAAAUGUGGAGGAUCGCCACCUACCUGAAUGCCUCCCGUGACGACCUAUUGAAUGAAUUGCCUUACCUUAAUGCUGAUGGGACGAAAAUCAAUUACACAUUUUUUGCCCCGACAUCGACGGCCUUUUUGACGCAAACCCCGCAAGAUGCGUCCGAUCCGAUGCACGUUGACGCCCAUUUCCGUCGUAAAGUCCUUCUUCGCCAUUUCGUUCGUCACCACGUCGAUGAUCUGACCAAAGUGGACACACUCCUCAUGGCCGACUCUACAAAGGCUGUUGUGACUAGGAAGAGUUCGAUUGAAAUUUGCAACCUGCCGCCGAUCCAGAACACGAGCACGGCUACGUGCAUGGCUUUUUUCCCGUCUUGGACGUUCAACUCAAAGUCAGGCAAAUGCGAGAGCUACGUCUACGGCGGAUGCCACAGAACUGAGAACCUAUUCGAUACCGAGCAGGACUGUCUAGCCAAAUGCGGGCCGGCCGUCAAUACGAUCAGGUCAUUUCUGAACGAGACGGAAGUCCAAACAGAUGCCUGCGUGUGCAGUGAACUCGCUCACGAUUUUUGCACCAUGUUCGUCGUCGAUCGCGUCUUCAUGGACAGCACAGAGGUGAUCGAUGUCCUCAGCAAACAGCCCAGCACAGGUCAAAUAGGUCCGUUCAGUUUGACAGCAACUCUGGCAGCGCCGUCCAAUCGAACCACUAGCCACGGACCAAGUUCCGUUCAUCCGCUUCGUACUACUCCGCUGGAACCAAUCGGUCCCAUACUAGUCGGUUACAGUAGCGUAUCGCCCAGCGACCCAGACGUCCAGGAGAUGGCCCAAUUUGCUGUCGAUGAACUGAGCCGGGGUGCCCACUCUUUGGCCUCUCCACUCGUCUUGGUCAACGUCAUCUCAGCUGAAAAGCAGACCGUGGCCGGAGUCAAUUACAAACUCAAAUUAUCGCUCAGAAAUGCCGAGCUCGGAACCCUUGCUUGUGACGUUGUUGUCUUUGAUCAGUCGUGUUCAUCCACUUGUCGCGUCAGCUCGUUCAAAUGUGAUCCGUCCUUUGCCAGCAGCAUCGCCCCCGGAAAUGAAUAAUAAGCAACUUGGUCGUUGCUAUUGUUUGAUUAUUUUUAAUUAUACUCUUUCGUUUUUUUUCUCUUGUCUUGGUUUCCGUCAUAAUUAUAUUAUAUACACAUGGGUUCGUUCAAGUA